CGCUCAUCGACGACGCCAUUACGUGACGUCGCAGAGACUGGUUUCCUCACACCAAGCUCUUGUCGCUAGACAUGGCCGAAGCGAUUCAGCUUAAGCAGGCUGACGCUGUGAACAGCGCACACCAAGUCGGUGCGCCUGAGCAAAAUCAAGAAAAGCCGGCCAAUGGUGCUUCGAGGAAACCUCGUCCACGCAGACCCAACUAUAAUGAGAUACAUGCCAAGCCGCUCCCACUAGACACCUAUGCACUGCCUGCAUUUGUCCCUCACAAUCCAAUUUCCAUUGUGCGACUCGCCAUUGGUCUCAUUUCGCAGUCUCUUUGGCCGCCCAAGUCGAUUACCGUCGUUUACAAGGCGUACUACUCUCUAGAGACUCAGUCGAUCCACGUCACCGACCCGGCUUCAAUUCGAGCUCUUUGGGAGCACGGCUUCUGGGGCAAGGGCUCACUCAGCCGAAGCGAACCGCAAUGGCUAGUCGCCGAGAAGCGCCGGCGAGGAGCACAGGCGUCAAAGACAAGUACAGAAGUCACGCAAUCUAGGCGAGAGGAACGGAGACAGUUUAAACUGGAGAGAGCCAAGGCUCAACGUGAAGCUAUUGAGCAACAACUCCGACAAGAAGGCAAACUUGCACCAGAGGCCGGUAUUGAUCAGCUCGUAGACGAUGAUGCCAAAGAUACCACCGUCUCUAGCGAUGUCAAGGCCACAAUAGAUCAAGGCGCAAGUGUCACGCUGCCAGAAGACGAUGCCAACGCUAAGCUCGAGGAAAUCGAUAUUCCGGAUUUGGAGCACCUUCAGCUCACACCUGAGGAGGCUUUCUUCCUUUCCUAUGCCCUUGGUGCUCUAGAUGUGGUCAACGUUGGUGACGAGUUCGAUAAACAAUUUGAGCCAUACCCAGCGUGGUUCUUGUUUCGGCUCUACUGUGCGCACGCAUUAGCUUCCAGCGAUACCAUAGAUGGCGAGAAGACCCUGACAGAUCUUUCUACUGCAUACAAGAUGACCAAGGCCGCCACUCGAAUCGACCCUGCUCUAUCAUGCAUUCCGUCCAUUGCCCCAGACAAUCCUUUCUUGCUAAGAUAUGUUGUCUUCCACCACUUCCGCUCGCUUGGCUGGGUUGUCCGUCCGGGCAUCAAGUUUGCUGUUGAUUAUCUUCUCUAUAUGCGCGGACCUGCAUUUACCCACGCGGAGUUUGCCAUCAUGAUCAUCCCGUCUUAUUCUUCGCCAUAUUGGAACAAGCAACUGGAUGGUAGGCCCAUGCCGAGGACCAUGGACGAACGCAAGGACUGGUGGUGGUUCCACAGGGUCAAUCGGGUGCAGACACAGGUCAUGAAGACGCUGAUGCUGGUCUACGUCGAAGUGCCAGAGCCAUGGGAUACGAGGUCCACUGAUAUGGAUGGGUUCAAGGUUGAUAUUGGGAGUGCGUUGAAGCAGUACAAGGUUCGGGAAUUUGUCUUCAAGAGAUGGAGUCCAAGCCGGAACAGGGAUUGAAGACGCUCGACACUGUUAAGAAUCUAUGGAUAGUACGAUUGGGUGGCUACCGGCAUGUAUGACGAGGAAAUGAUAAAUUAAACGUCGCUUGAACGGGCGUACUCGGGCAUCGCCUUCUUAACACCAAACCGUUUACUCAAAAUGACAAACUGCC